AUGAAGCUACUGCUAUGUCUUCUCUUUGCUACAUUAAGUACUGCAUUUGAAUGUGAUCCUCAUGCAAAGAUCUGUGAAACAUCCCUCAACAUACAUUAUAAACUAGCAAUGAUGUCAGAAGAUGGUCCUGUCUAUCCGUACAACGGCAAUCUGUUCCUUUAUAAUGUCACCGACACAUCAAACGCCUCCCCGGUCAACAUGGAUGACAUAAUUACAGCAGAUGGAUGGGAUGGCUCGUUUGGUAGACUGGUAGUUGCCGCAAAUGGAAGCCUCCCUGGCCCACCAAUAAUAGUAUAUGAGGGACAAACAGUCAUUGUCAAUGUACAUAACAAGCAGUUGUCUGAAGCGGUGUCGAUUCAUUGGCACGGCGUAGACAUGAAAGACACUCCAUGGAUGGAUGGUCCACCUUAUAUUACACAAUGCCCAAUAACACCGGGACAAACCUUUAAAUACAAAUUCACAGCUAAUGCACCAGGAACAUUUUGGUACCAUUCACACAUGGGAAGCCAAAGAUUGAAUGGUUUAUUUGGUGCAUUUAUAAUAAGGCCAAAAAUAUCUAAUAAAAAUCAGCUUGAAGAACAUAUAAUGCAAGUUUUUGAAUGGAACCAUGAAUAUGGUUCAGAUACUGAUGAUUUGUUCGAAGUGGAAGGAAGCGUGUACAAAAAUAGAAAGAAACUACUUCCUUCAAUACAACUUGACAUGACUAUAUUCACGCCAUAUAGAACUCAUGCAGGGCUUAUAAAUGGACGUGGACGAUUCUGGAGAAAUACAUCUCAUAACGGUUCGCCGCUUGAAACAUUCAAAGUUACAAAAGGUAAACAAUACUUAUUUAGGGUUAUUGGACCUGGUGCUUUCUAUCAAUGGAGAGUAUCAGUUGAUCAACAUAACUUAACAAUUGUUGGGGCUGAUGGUUUUGAAACUGUACCAGUCGUAGCACAGUCAUUUAUCAUAGCUCCGGGUGAACGAUUCAAUUUUAUUCUGGAAGCUGACCAGCCAAUAGGAACCUAUAUGGUACGUGCAGAAACUUUAGAUAGGAGAUUUACGACCAAGGCUGAGGCUAUAUUGCAGUAUCAAGGAGCCAUGUUAUCAGAACCUACAUCCUCAAAGUCCAACUGUACGUCUGCAAACAAAUGCAUAGUUGUAAAUUGCCCGUUUCCCUUUUACCCUGAAAAUAAAAAUGUAAACUGUACUCGACUGACCGAGCUCCGUGCUGUGCUUAAUAUUCCAACUCCCCUUCCGGUUAAAGGAAAAUUUAAAGAGUAUUUUCUCAAUUUUGCUAAUCCUGGCUAUAAUGGAGAACUCGGACCUUCUUCCAUAAAUGGACGACAGUUCAAGUUACCAGUUGUUUCCGCACUUACACAACCCGACGAAUUAGCACAUCAAUGUUCAGAUCAGGAAUGUGGGGAGGAAAAACUAUGCGAAUGUAUGAACUCUUUGACAAUUAAUUCGGGCGACACAAUUCAGAUGACAUUCCUUAAUAUGGGUCAAGGACGAGUUGAUGACCAUCCGGUACACAUGCACGGACAUGCCUUUAUGGUAGUGAAGGUUGAAUAUGGCGUAUUUAAUCAAAGAACAGGUGCAUUAAUUCAGGAUAAUUAUGAUGUCGACUGUAGGGGAAAUACCAAACCAGGAAUUAGUAUGUGUAACAGUGCCACUUGGAGCAAUUCAUCAUGGUUGAAUGGAAAUGUCCCAGGUAUUGUACAACAAGGAGCGGUACUAAAAGACACUGUAAUUGUACCCAGUGGAGGAUACGUUGUUGUAAGGUUUCCAGCUACAAUUCCUGGAAUCUGGUUUCUACAUUGCCACAUUGAUAUGCAUUCUAACGAUGGAAUGGCGCUGGUCUUGAACGAGUCCUUCGCUAGUAUCCCUAAACCACCACCUGGUUUAUCAAAAUGUGGAAGUUACCUCGGUAACGACGAUGUAUCGGACGUGAGUGAUACAAAUGACCCUGUGGAAAACAUCAAUGAUCAUGUUCUAAAAGAUGAACAAAGUGAAUCAGAUAAAGGGCAUAAUGAGAUGCAAUAUUGUACAUAG